AUGAUUGGUGUUUUUAUCUCUUUUUACAGGCAAAGCUUUUUAAAGCAAAAAAAAGCAAAAAAUCAAUCAAUCAAAAUUUUCAAUCUUAGUAAUAAUAAUAAUAAUAAAAAGAAAAAAACAAUUUAUAAUGAAGUAAGAAAUAACAAAAAGCUUUUGUAAACAAACUCAAACACCAAGCAAUUAAAAGUGAUUACAUAAAUGACUGAUCAUAAGAAAUUCGGAAUUUAUUUUGAGUUAUUUUUUAAUUAUUUUGCUGUUUACUAAAACAUUUUUCUAACCUUCUUCUUUUAAAAAUAUUUAGAUAACAUUGAAAUCCAAUAGUAGCUUAAAAACAAGUUGGAAAACCUUUUCAUAAGAGAAAAUUUAGAAAAUGAUGUCUACUUUAUUACCAGAAUAAAUGACAAGAUGAAAAUACCAUUGCAAAUUGUUUAUCAAUAAAGGAAAUCUAUAAAAUUUGUCCUAAUGGACGUUAUGUUUUGUAAGCUUUGA